CGGCGAGGAUAAGCGUUCUCAAAUUGCCGGCGUAUUCCGCUCGUUGGCUCCGCCCUGAAACAGUCAGCUGGUAUUAUUGCCGAGUCAUCGCCAUCUCCAACUUUCCGACAACGAAAAACCAUGCGGCCCCCUGAGCGUUGGUGCGCAGCCUCCUUGCCGACUUGACGACUGGGAAGAUACCGAGUAAUAACGAAAUGGCCGCCUGCUCGACAUGCCGAACCGUGCUCCGGCGCCACAUCGACGUCCUGAAGAAGUUGCGCCAGCGACGCGCGCAUUCGACCCAGGAUACCUCGAUAAAGGCGACCAAGGCGCCCACGGCUGGCCAACAGCAGGGGCAGAUCCCGACGCCCAAUAAUGUGCCAACGCUCAACUUCUGGCAGAGGCUGGGGCCGCUGACCAGGGCAGCCCAGGCGUAUGCCCGCGCUCAACGGAAGAGGCCAUACGUGACGCAGGUGUGCACGUCGUUGGCCAUCUACUUGUGCUCCGACAUCUCGGCGCAAAGCAUGGGCGGGAGGGACUACGAUCCGACACGAACUGCGCGGUCACUCAUGAUCGGCUCCAUAUCGGCGAUCCCCAGCUACAACUGGUUCGUUUGGCUCUCCGAGAGCUUCAACUAUCGAUCGCGUCUGUUGUCGUUAGCCACCAAAGUGGUCGUCAACCAAAUCUGCUUCACCCCCGUCUUCAAUACAUAUUUCUUCGGGAUGCAGGCGCUGCUGUCGGGCGCGACAUUGCCAGAAACCUGGGAGCGCAUCACCAAAACCGUCCCCGUCAGUUGCCUCAACUCGUGCAAGCUGUGGCCUGCCGUUACAGCAUUCACUUUCGCAUUUCUCCCGCUCGAGUAUCGACCCGUGUUCGGGGGGGUUAUCGCGGUCGGAUGGCAGACAUAUUUGAGCUAUCUCAAUCGGAUGGCUGAACGGAGCAUGGCAGGGCGAGUGGAAGAGCUGGAGGGCGGCCAGACCUUAGCGAAGGCUGUCGCAUAGAGAUGACUUGCGUCUUCGUUUGGGUGAGGUUUCGGAAGGGUUUUUUUCUUUCUUUUUUUUCGAUAGAAUUCGGGCCAUCACCGAUGUAGAUUUGCAUGGGCUGGCGUUUGCAUAGAUGGAUGGAGCCAAGGGCAACAACGAGCUUCGAGGUUGGGUUUUUGGGCGGAUCGAGUCCCCUGGCCACGAUGCGGACCAGGCUUGGGCAACUCAGAUCGGAUGAUGGAUGAAUGGGCGGGGUCCGGUACUUCAGGGGCCAGACCCACAGUAUCAGUUCUUCGCUUUAGGGAGAAAUUAACACUGUCGCACUGCAACUCCAGCGAA